ACAGAAGACAGGAACAGUACAGAGUAGAUUAGGAAUAGCAGCGAGAGAGAGAGAGAGAGGAAAAAAAACAACAAAGACAAUUUGAUUUUGUAAACCAGGUUCACCGCUGAAGCAGAGAGAGAGAGAGAGAGAGAACGAUGAAAUUGGCUUUAGGCGGAGCGCUGUGCAUCGCCCUGUGUGCGGCGAGUUUCACCCGGGGCAUCGCCAGCCACCUCACCGACAAGAAGAGCCCCUCAGCCAAGGACAGAAGGAUGCAGUUCGCCUCCUGGGACGAGGUGAACCUCAUCGCUCACGGCCUCCUGCAGCUCGGCCACGGCCUCAAGCAGCACGUGGACCGGACCAAGGAGCAGAUGAAGAGCGUCCUGGAGCAGCUGAACGCUCACAACCGCACGCUGGGGGAGCUGGUCGGACGGGUCAGCGGGCAGGGGCAGGGGCAGGGCCAGCGGGACACCCACAUGCUGCAGGUGUCGGUCGGCCUGCGGGAGAAGGUGGAGGAGAUGGCCCGGGACAGACUGAGGAUGGAUAAGGCGCUGCAGAGCUUGGAGGAGAAGGUGGGCAGGAUUGUGAACGGGAAGAGGUCGGAAACUGACCUGAAGAACUAUAACAACAUCCGAUCCAUCAUGGAAAACCAAAGUAAAAACAUUGAUGAACUGCUGACAAGAAUUAAAGACCAACAGUGGCAGCUUGACAAGCAAAAUGUCCAGAUCAAAGUUCUGCAAAGCAAGCUUCAGGAAAGCAGACUGCAGCUCAAGGAUAGUCCAAGUUGGAAAUUGAUUCUCAAGCGAAGAAUGGAGAUAUAUCCUCACACUCGCACCAGUGUGGAACCUACACUGGCUGACAAACUUCCCUUUGACUGCCAUCAACUAUUCCUCGAAGGACAACGAACCACUAGUGUGUACAGAAUCCAGCCAAUAGGCUCACAGUCCUUUGAAGUAUUCUGUCAAAUGACUCAUGAAGGUGGCUGGACUGUGAUUCAGAGACGGAUGGACGGAUCAGUUGACUUUGACCGACUUUGGCAGGCAUACAAGGAUGGAUUUGGCAACCUCACUGGUGAAUUCUGGUUGGGUCUGGAGAAACUUUACACCAUCACACGCCAGGGGAGCUAUCUCCUCCGUAUUGAGCUGGAGGAUUGGGAAAAUCAUACUGAGUAUACAGAAUAUCCCUUCAGCCUUGGCAGUGAGGCCACCGACUACACCAUGACCCUCAAAAGCCCCAUCUCUGGAAACCUCAAGAACGCCAUCAGUGAAUCAAGUGGCCUGCGCUUCUCCACCCGAGACCAGGACCACGACCUGAAGUUUAACAUGAGCUGUGCCAAACACCUGACAGGGGGAUGGUGGUUCACCACUUGUGGGCAGGCCAACCUCAAUGGCAAGUAUUUCGCCAACAAGCCCCAGCAACGACGCGAGAGGAAACAGGGGAUAUUCUGGAAACCCUGGAAAGGUAGAAAUUACCCCCUGAAAACCACGACGAUGAUGAUUCGUCCAAUGGAACUGGAAGCAUAAAAUCAAAAUCUUAAAACUCUGGCAGAGACUAUGUCUAUGUGCACGCAUUUAUGUGAGAAAGAGAGAGAAAUUUAAAACAGCAAGGUUGGCUGUUUACAUUUGGAACGAGAGUACAAUGCAGUGUUCUGGAGGAAAAGUGGAUGCACUGACUUGAGUCUCCGAAUGUGUAUGUUUAUGUUUAAGCAACAAAGCAAUGCAGCAAGUUUCCCAGGAUUAAUGGCUGAGCUGUGCAAGCAUUCCCAAAGCAUACAUGCCACUCCAAGCAGCUGUUAGUUUUCCUUUGUUUUAGUCAAAACAAGUACAAAGUAGUAAAAUUUCAGUUAACUUCCAUUAGAUUUCUCCCACCCUGUCCUGAGCUCGAGUUCAUCUAGAGUUUGUCCACCUCAUACAGACGAGGAAGAUCCCAGGUGUAAUUGUCAUCCUAACUGCAGCAACACUCUGUAGUUUAGCAAACUGUAAAUUAGUUUGCAUUCAAUGAUUCAUUGCUUGUGGAACUGCAAAAACUGCCAGACGUAAGUGAAUUUUUAUCAAUUCACAUUUUGCUGCAGUAUGGUCCACAAUAGGAUUAGUACAGGCCUGUCAGUGCAUUAGCAGCUCACUUGAACAUUAUUGGCUUUGAUCACUGAAAAGAACAAAUUUCUGAUCUUUUGCCAGUUCUUCUAUAAGACAGCACUACAUUACUCUCUAACAUCAUCAAUUGGAUGUAAUGUUUAGUGUGGAAUUUGUAAAAUAAUUGCAAGUGCAACUUUUUCUCUGGCAAAAGCCCACAGUGAAAACUGGAUCCAGUGCCUCAAAUACUAAUGCCCCAGUGCCCUAUUUAUACCAGUUUAACUGUUACACUUUAGCUCAAUCCCUACCCACAGGGAUGUUUCCAAGUCAUAUUGACUUUAUCACCAUGGCUAUGAAUAGCUGUGCAGAAUUGUGAGUGUUAAUUGUUUCUUUGCUUUAUAUAUUUAAACAUUUAAUAUUCCAAACCUGCCUUUUGUAAUUUAUAAAAUGCUCAGCUUUUCCCAGGAGGGAGUGCGAGUCAGUCUCUAUUGUCUGCUGUAUAUAACCUUUAAAAGCUGUUAUUUUAAUAUCAAAUGAUUCUUGAAUUCAGAUUUUUGUCUAAAAAAAUCUUUGGUUUAAAUAUUUUCCCAGUGUAUUUAUUAACUGUGGGGUUUAAGAUAAUUUCAAGUGUCUGAACGAGGGACAGUUAUGCCGUUGUUGUUUUUGCCUCACACAAGCGUGGAUUGCUAAAAUAAAAGACAAACCAAGGUCCAUC